UUCACGGCGGCUGCCAGCUGGUAUCAAAAAUUCAGGGCACACGCAAAGUUCACCUCCAGCAGAGAUUGUGUGGCUGCGUGUGUGUGCGUCUCUCUCAGCGCGUGUGUGUACAUUCAUGUGUGCUCGGUCUGUCUGUCUAAUAGACUGACCCCCCAGCACGCCGUUUAAAGGGAAGACAAGAGAGCUGAGUCAACGAAUCACAAGGAGAAGGAUGCAACAGUUGAUGUGCGCCAGUUGCACAGUUUUCUUGUAUUUGGAGACGGCCUGCACACACGGAGGAUGGUGGCUGUGAUUUGAUCAGAUGUUUUUGCUGCUUUGCUUUCAAACUCAUCUGCCAGAUAAAGCUAAAAGUUAAAGAGCAGAUCCUACAGAGCGGUCACAGCCUGUCCUCUUAUUGCCAGACUGGACAUUUGGACUGAAAUGCAUUUGGAGGGACUUCAUGCUCUGCUGGAAUGGAGUUGAAGCGGGGGAUUUCGGAUGGUCUGCGGCGGUGAUUAGCAGCGCAGUCUGCACCAACAUGCAUCGGAUUCUGCAGAGGAGACGAGUGCGCAGGCUGCGGGUCGUCUGGGCUUCUCUGGCCCUGGUGGCUCUGUCUCUGGCCGCAUGCAGCGCGCUGUUUACGGCGUGGACUUUGCGACAGACGCGGGACCUGUCUCAGUCCUUCAAGAUCCUGCAGGACCGACUCGAGCAGGUCAACACACAGAGGAAGGCCAUUGUUCAGCUGAUCCUGGAGAAGAGAGAGCUGCUGGUGGGGCAUCGAGUGAAGAGAGAUGAGAGGACGUCGAAAGCAGGGAGGAGUGGAAAUGGAAGGAAAGCGGCGUCUCAUUUUGAGAUAACCAAAGUCUCCUCUCAGCAAGUGGGAGAAGGUGGGGUGAUCAAGGGCUGGGAAGAGAGGACGCUGAAUAUGAGUAAAGCGGUGAGGUACAACAAGGAGCAGGGCACCUUCACCGUGGAGAAAGCAGGCGUCUACUUCCUGUUUUGCCAGGUGUUGUUCAACGAGCAGCAGUCUCAGUACGUGAAGCUGGACGUGGUAACCCUCGGCUCGAGGGCUCAGAAGCUGCAAUGCAUGGAAGGCUACGGGACAACCCCCUCUGCCGGGCCGCACCCUUUCCACUUCCUGAAGCCCUGCCAGGUGUCCGGCCUCCUGCGACUGGACAAAGGCACGGAGCUGCAGGCCAUUACGGGCCCGUCCUUCAGACUCCACAGCGUAGGCAAUCCCUCCGCCUCGCCUCACGUCUUUAGCAUCUUUAAAGUUAACUGAAGCGCACUGUGGAAACGUUUUGUUUCUGUUUGGUUUUUUUUAACGAGUAAACAGACUCAUCAGAGAACUAACUUGUUUUUGUGUGGACAAGAUUGUUUUCUAAAUGGUGAAACUCUCAUAAGCGGUCGAGGCAUCGCUUAAUGCUACGGCUUCUUCCCAAAGACGUUAAUUUGAAAGACAAACCCUGACAUUUGGGGAAGCUGUUGUGGAUUUUUUUUUUCCUCUGGACUGCAGAGCUGUUUUGGAACGCAGAUUUUUGGAAUAAAACCAAGGCCCGCAGUGAAUGUCUGCCGAGGGAACAGAUGUGAUGGGAGCUGUUCUGUAGAUAAAGGGCUUCAUAUAAAAAAGAAGAAGCAGAAGAAAAUUCCUUGGAUGUUCAUCUUAGCCUGUGUAUUACGCUAUAAAUUGUGCUUAAACUCUUUAUAAGACUAUGAGUAAAGCUGUGCAUGCACCUUCCACUUCCACAGCUGAGAACACAUCUGCAAGCGGCCUACACGAGUUGUCAUAUAUUUUAUACAAUGUAGCGUCAGUGUGUAUGAAAUCUUACAAAUCAAUUUUUUUCUGUUUAUACUGAUUUUAUAUUAUCAAUGCAAGCAUUUUCUUUAAAUACUUUGGAUAUAUUUUACACACAUUUUACAUUUUAUCAAGGUGUUUUAAAUACCAUGGAUGUGAAUUUGUUAUCUUUUGUAAGGUUAUAAUGAUUGUUUGUAUACUUUGUUGUGCAAGUUGUACCAACCAAGCAUAGAGCUUUAAAUAUAGCUUGUCCUUACUCCCUCUUCUUCACCUGAUUGAUGACCAUUUUUCAAGAAAUAACCUGAUAAAACUGUUAAUUAUUCAGCCAAAAUACAGAUAAAGCUGUAUUAUAAA